AUGUUUACCCUAGGUAGGUAUCUACGUCGCCGGCACACUAGCUAUGGGUCUUUGCGGAUCCAGCGCCUGUCUUACGGGAGGAGCAUAGGCCAUAAACUGUACCAGUUAUCUUCACGACCGAGGCAUGUGACGCGCACCCUGUGGAGAUACUUCAAUGCGCCAGGUAACGUUCUCUUUGUGACCACUAAUGUCGUAGCUCUGACAGGCAUGUAUGCAUACUCGAGCCUAUGCGCACAGCCCCGGCACACAGAACUCCAGGUCCUGCAGCGAGACCGAGUAGGACGCGAUGAGGUGGUGAGGUUAGAGGGCAGCCCAGGGCAGGAACUUGCAGCUCGAGCUAGUGCGGGCACUUUGCGCGAUGGUAAGGAUAUCAUUGGGGAGCAACCUUGGGCCCAAUACACGGACGUCGGGGAGUGGGCGCAUGUGCCGCCGGUCUCCAUGGAGAGCCGCACGAUGAAAAUGUCGCUAUUCUAUAUGUUCUACGCAUACUACCUGUACCGCGAUGCGGGGCCUUGGCCUAAGGUCCCUCCCAGCAACCCGCAAGCGAACAACACAUACUGGCAGCAGACGGUCGACGCACUGAAACGCCGAGUGGAUCGCUUGUGCGAGGGGUCGAGCCUUCCCGAGGAGAAACCUCGAGAUAGUCCACAUGCCGCACUGUUCUAUUCCAUGUGGAGAGCAGAGUUUAUGGGGGUUUUCAGCAACCUCAACCGCGCACAGCAGUUCCACAUUCCGAAGCAUCUCCGGGUCCAUAGCGAUCUCCACGCGCUUAGCUACAAGCUGGAACAGAAUGGGCUUGACGAUAUAACGGAGUUCUUGGACUUUUAUCGCACCAGGCAGUCCAAAGAAGAGAAGCACCUCCUCCAGAUGUGGUUCUUCGAUUUUGGGCAUCACCUCAAUUCGUCAUCCAAGGUGGAUACUGAGAGACUCUACCGCUCUCUAAUAGGCAAUUGGUCCACCGACGAGCGUUCUUUUGAACGCCACAUGAGAGCAUUUCUCUCCCCCGACGAUCCCCGGAGGAAAAUAUACUUCCGGAAUCAUAUUCCAGAAGGUCUUGAGACUGCAUCCGUGGAUACUGUUCUGAAGCUUCUCGCCCGGUUAAACAAAUGCCAGCAUAUAGAUAAGAAUGAUUAUGUCAUUAGGCUCAUCUCCAUCCUACGGAAGAACAUCUAUUAUUCCGAAAGUACAGAUUCCAUUAGAGUUUAUCUCCCAAGUCCUAAGCUGCAGGAACUGACUGGAUCCAUGGACCUUACGAAGCGCAAAAAGGCCCUUGAGGUGUUAUCACGAGAUCCGAACACACUCAAGGUUCUUUCGCAACUCUCGCAUUCUCCAACUUCUUAA